GUUUCCAGAAUAAAAAUAGAGUUGCAAUCCUGGCAGAACUAGACAAGGAGAAGAGAAAGUUACUUAUGCAAAACCAGUCUUCCACAAAUCACCCUGGAGCCAGCAUUGCACUUGCAAGAUCACCGCUGAACAAGGAUUUCCGUGAUCAUGCUGAGCAGCAGCACAUCGCAGCGCAGCAGAAGGCUGCACUGCAGCACGCACACGCACAUUCCUCAGGAUACUUCAUAACUCAAGACUCUGCAUUUGGAAAUCUUAUUCUUCCUGUCUUACCUCGACUUGAGGCAGAAUGAGGAAUGUUGUUUCUCAGAACUGCAAGGUCUGAUUUUUGUCCAUAGCGGGAACUGUCUGACCUUUUAAUUUCUUUACUUAUCUUAAAAAUCUAUUUUUUUCUGGAUUUUUGUGGUUGCCUUUUGGGAGUGUGAGCUCUGACGAUGAAAAAGCAAUGUUUUUAA